AUGUCGACCCUCACUAGUCACGUUGUUCGUCGGGGCGUCGAUGUCGCCUACACCAGCUUCAAGUCCCAGGACCCCGAGAAGAAGCAGCCCUCGGGCCUGCAGAUCUUGGGCCUGUUCUUGACUGCUUUGGUGUUUGGCCUGGCCAUGUUCUCCGUCGAGUACACCUAUAACUGCGUCAUUGCGACCCUCGCCGCCGUCGAAGACUCGAACCCGGACAUCUACAUCCGCGUCGACGGUGAUGACAUCAACAAGCCUCUCGACCCCAACGGUCAGGAGCCCGAGGCCGAGAUGGCCAGUCACCCUGCGCCCAUCACCAGCAAGCUGCGUCGCGCCGUUAAGCACCUCCGCGCCCGUGGCGGCUUCUGGUCGCGCUUCCGGGGACUGUCCAUGUACAUCGUCAUCAGCAUCGCCCACAGUAUCCUGGUCGGCAUCUUCCCCAUUUCCAUGCUCUCUUUCAUGGGCCAGCUUAUUGUGCAGCCACUGGUCAGCGUGUUGCUGUCUACCUGGCACAUGGCGUGGGUGCACAUCGUCAUCUCGGAGCCUUCCCCUAAGCGCUUCUACCAGCGCAUCCCCAGCUACCGUACUUUCGUGAAAAUUGCCCCUGCUGCGGCUCUCGAGAGCGCCCUUGCCUGCGCUGCUCUCUACGUCCCUUUGGCCAUCGCCAAGGCCGCGGGUUGGAUCAACAUGCAGCCUGAUAUGGACCACGCCACUUCAAACCUGUGCGGUUAUCUGGCUGUCAGUGCUCUCCCUGCCUUUUUGUCUUUCCUUUUGUCCAUUCCCGGUCGCGUAAUCUUUGUUCGUGUCGCGGCCUCGAUGCUGCCGGAGGAAGAUGAGACCAUCGUGCCCUUCGACCGCUCGUUCGGCGGCAAGGUUCAGCCUUCUAUUGUGGGUGGCAGCGGCAAGAUUGGCCUUCGCGAUGCAUGGACCACUUUCGACUGGGCUGGUCGUGUCCGCUUUGUCAAGGUCAUUGCCAAGGCCUUUGCCAUCGAAGUGGCACUCGUGGUGCUUGCCGUGGUGGCUUUGAUCGCCCAGUUUGCCAUGAUGCCCUCCGAUCCCGAUUUCCCCAAGGAGACGCCUCCGCAGUAG